UCUUGCGUUCUCAACGGCGGCGGCGGAGCCCUCGUUCUCAACGGCGGCGGAGCCUUCGUCCUCAAAAAAUGGUUGUGAGGGGAGCCCGUGGGCAUACUGAGAUGGAGCCCCCAGAUUCAACUUCGAAUAGAGGGGAUGCUGCCGCUCGGACCUUCGAAUUGACGGUCAAUUUCUUUCCAUCAAAGGCAAAAUUAGUUGAUGGUAGCAUUCAGAACAUUGAGAGAGACACAAUUGUUAAAUGGGAGGUUGAGUUUACAGAGAUUGAUCCACAAGUUCUACAGAACAUGGGAGAGAAAGCAGUGAAGAAAUGGGUGGAAAAAAUUGGGGAGAAUGUUGUUUGGGGUCCAGAGCAAGAAGUAUCACUGUUGCGGUUUGAUGAUUGGAAAGGAGAGUAUGUGAGAAUGGAAGAUGGUGAACAGAUUGUUGAUGAAAUCGAUCGGCAAAUCGGCUGGACAAGCAAACGAGCUAAUUUUUUUGCUGAGCUGGUUGAUCUGAAUAUUUUUUCGAAGGUUGGAUAUGUGCCAUCACAAUUGGCUGCGCAGAUGGUAGAUGAUGAUUGGGCUACACAGAGGCCAUUGAUUCCCAUGUGUACUGAACUUAGAGUAAUAGCCGAAGAGGAACAGGUGACUGGAAUUGAAACUGAAACUGCAGCAACUGUUGAUUGGAAUGUAGUUGAAUUAGAUGAGCCUACUGAUUUGUGUGGAAGGCAAAACAAAGGACAAUGA